AUGAGCGAAACUGCUGUGCAUACCCUCCUGACCCAUGACAAGCCGAAGUUUUCCAAUAUUGCAGGCGACUUUCCCCUCGAUGACAAUGUCAUCAAACAGUUUCCUGAGGGUACGAAGGUUCUAUGCGCCAACAAGUUUGGACAAUCAAAAUGGACACUUACAGCACGUCUAGACGUUGAAGACGUCAAUGGAAUCCCGGCCUCCUACUUCCUGAAAUGCGCUGCCGAAGAUGCCGGCCGCGUCAUGAUGGAAGGGGAAUUCAACGGCAUGUCGGAACUCCACAAGACAAUGCCUGAGCUCGUCCCAGAACCAUAUGGCUGGGGAAAGUUCUCAGUCACCGCUCCAGAAACGUAUUUCUUCUUAUCAAAGUUUAUCGAUAUGUCUGACCGUGCACCGGAGCCCAAUCAGCUGUGCUCCAAACUCGCAAAACUGCAUAGAAUUAGUGACUCUCCAACCGGCAAGUUUGGCUUUCAUAUCACAACAUGCCAGGGUCGAAGACCACAGGCCGUGGCAUGGGAGAGCAACUGGACGAUCUAUUUCGGAAACCUUCUCCGCCAUGUCAUCGCCAUGGAUGAUGUAGAGAAUGGACCUUGGGCUGCCUUAACGAAGCUUGAGGAUCGGAUCCUGUCACACGUGGUGCCAUACCUCCUUGAUAAUCUCACCAAGGAUGGCCGAGUCCUCAAACCAUGCUUGAUUCACGGGGAUCUUUGGGAAGGCAAUACCGGAACAUCCUACUCCACAGGAGACAUCUACCUCUUUGACGCGGCGGUAAUGUAUGCACACAAUGAGUUCGAAAUCGGUGAUUGGCGGUGCGACUACAAUAAGAUUCACAACAAGAGCUACACAAGAGCAUAUCUCCGCCACUACGGGCCCAGUGAACCGAGAGAAGAAUGGGAUGAUCGGAAUCGCUUAUACUGUAUAUACUAUAAUGUUUUGUACUCAGUAAAUCACCUGAGUCAGGGGAAGGCUGUGAGGCAAAGAGCCUUCGACGACAUGUAUUAUCUAAUUGAUAAGUUUGCCCCAUUUCCCGCAGGCGAAGGUCCUCCGCGGAUUGUUGAGUCAGAAAGGGCAGAACUACCUGAAGGCGGGGACCAUACCAAAACUUGA